AUGAAAGAUAAGCCUGAGGCGAGUAGUGCAGAUUACGACAUGCUUGUUAAUUCGAAGGCUUAUUUCUUAUACAACGCUACAAUAAGCAGUAGAUUCAGAUCGAAUGCAAACUUUUUCACAUGGAUUGAUGCAGGAUAUGGUCAUGGGAACAGAGAUUUGAUUCCUUUGCACUGCCAUUGGAAACCCAAUUUUUUGAGUGGUCUCAUCACAGUGAUAAAGUUAACUCCUCAGCACGAUAAAGUCAGCAGGUAUUCGAUUAAUCAUAUCUACCGUGUCGACUGGACCAUUAUUAGUGGCGGUUUUCUAGGUGGUGAUAUUCAAACGAUAAAUCGAUUUUACCGAUUCUUUCAUAAAACCUUCAUCGAUCUUCUUGAUGCGAGAAAAGUUGAUGACGAUCAGACGACAUUAACGUUAACGAUAAAACAUUACGGGAAUCUUUUCAAUUUGGUUCACAGUAGCGGCGAUUGGUUUGCAUUGUUUCGUUUAUUUCCAUGCUCAUAA